CCGGUUAGUCUCUAUAAAUUUUUCGACAACCAAACUACCCGAAUACCGAGCCAAACAAACUACCAGAUAUUAAAUAAUUUGCAAAUUUUCUAAUUGCUUGAUUAGUUGUUACACGUUACAAGAAUCCAAAAGAUCUCAUAUACUUUAAAAAAAAACAAAAUAUGAAUCGGACUUCUCCAUCAAAUAAUUUGCAAUUUUUCUAAUUGCUUGAUUAGUUGUUUGCACAUCACAAUCAUCCAAACACAUAUUUGCUUAAAAUACUAAUCAGAUUCCAUCUUCUCAUGAUCAGGAGCUAAAUAGAUGUGUUUUCAUAUAGAAGCAAAACACAUUUCUAAACACAAAGGAUUAACAAAGAAACAUGGCUGACAAUGAACUUCCUAUGAACUUCCUAUGAACUUGAGAGAAGACAACGUAAGUGAAGAAACAAAGAAACUGAUAUCUUCACUUCCUACAGACAAAGACUGUAUAGGGAAGCUCUGCAAGUACCAAGGAUGUUGGUAUUACUACAACACUCUCCAAGGAGUCAUCAAUUUCCAGAACAACUUUCAGGCACAAGAGACUGAUAUAAUCCUAGCUUCUUCCCCAAAAUCCGGCACAACUUGGCUCAAGGCACUCACGGUCGCACUCUUGGAGAGAUCUAAACAUCAUGAUGGUCAUCCAUUGCUGUCAGAUAAUCCUCAUGCCUUAGUACCAUUCUUGGAGAACAAUCUUUAUCUCAAAAGCUCAACACCGGACCUAACCAAGUACUCAUCAUCAUCAUCCCCGAGGCUGUUUGCGACUCACAUGCCUUUGCUCACAGUGAAAGAGGGACUCAAGGGUUCUCCUUGCAAGAUUGUGUUCAUGUGCAGGAACGCAAAGGAUGCGUUGAUAUCCCUAUGGUACUUCAGGUGCAAGUAUCAAAAACUCGAAAUGACUAGAGGCAUUCUCGAGUCAAUGUUCGAGUCUUUGUGCAGUGGAGUCAGCUUCUACGGUCCCAUAUGGGACCAAGUCCUCAGCUACUGGAGAGGCAGCUUGGAAGAUCCGAGUCGUGUCCUGUUCAUGAAGUACGAGGAAAUGAAAGAAGAGCCUUAUGCUCAGCUCAAGAGACUUGCGGAGUUCUUUGGUUGUCCUUUCACCGAGGAAGAAGAAGAGAGCGGAGGUGUGGAAAAGAUCUUGGAGCUCUGCUCCCUGCCUAGUCUUAGCGACUUGGAGAUCAACAAGUCCGGAAAAAACGUCAACGGCGUGGAUUACAAGUUCUAUUUCCGAAAAGGAGAAGUCGGGGACUCGAAGAAUCAUCUCACUCCUGAGAUGGAGAGCAAAAUCGAUAUGAUCAUAGAGGAAAAACUGAAAGGUUCAGGUUUGAGUUUCUAGAGUAUUGUUAUAUAUCCUCUGCUGUUGCUGCUGCUGCUGCUGCUGUUGUUGUUGUUGUUGUUGUUGUUGUUGUUGUUGUUGUUGUUGUUGUUGUUGUCGUUGUCGUGUUUCUAUUAUAAUUAACGUAAAUAAGAGUAACUUUGGUUUGAUUUGUAUUGUUCCAAUAAGGAGUUUGAAGAGUGAGGCAACUAUUAAGAAGAAAAUCUUCAUUAUCAUCAUCCUCUAAUCUAUUUCUUCCUUGAUAAAGGUAAGAAUGCUAAAGUUACAAAACAAAAAUAUAUCGGAAAGCAAAGUCUUGACACAAAGCCGGAAGUAUAAGAGAUCAGUUUCUUUUUAGUUUCUACACUUACGUAGUUACGUUGUCUUCUUUCAUUGCGAGUCAUGUUUUUUUUUUUUUUUUU